CCUAGCUUUACGAAUUUAAAAAGUUUGUUGCUUUCUUUGUCAUCAGUGGAGAGUUGAAAAUUUGCGCCUUCGCGAAAAUUUUUUUGUCACUAUAGUGAACAGUAUAGGCUAUAGAUAAGUAACACGACCUGAAUUCUCGGCUACAUUACAAUAUAAAUUGCAUGCUGCACUCUAUACUGACUACUGACCACCACUUGACUCAUAACAUAACCUCUACUCUGCAUAUUUUUUUUGUUUUGAAAAUAUAGUUUCUCUAGUUUGUUACAAAAACGAAGAACAUUCAAGAUGUGGGAUAUUUGUCAUCCAGCUUACUACAAUAUGAGCCAGCUAGGAUGCAACGAUCAGGAAAAGUUACAGCUAGCAUUUUAUGUUUACAUGGAACUAUGUGAAGUUAAGUGUUAUUGGGAUGUUCAUUACAAUUAUUGCAAGGAGCUUGAAAUUUUUUAUUUGGAAGCAAAAAGAAAAAAGAAUGAAGAACCAGGUAUAUUUAUACCUUGGCCAGCCUGCAGUUAUUUAUCGUUAGAUCUGAUAAGUAAUAUUCAACGAGAAUUAAAAACUGAUAAAAUCACGUUUGCUUUCAAAGCUGGUAUGGUGGAGUCUUCGUAUUACAGCAUAAAUUCAGGAUUAGUGAAACCCAUGGAUUUGGAACAGUCCAAAAUACUCAAUGAUAAAAAGAUACAAAAACAUAAACAAGUAAAAGAAAUAGAAAGAAAUACUUCUAAUUUGUACAAAAGAGCAUUGAGUUUACAAAAUGAUCAGUGUGAUUCUGAGACUGCAUAUGACAAUAGAUUUAAUCAUGAAGGCGGAUCCUACAAACGAAUAAGACUUGAUAAUUUAAAUGAAUCGGAAGUAAUUGAAAUAAAUAUAGACGGAAGCACUGAAAACGUUGAACCUAAAACCAAUGAAAGUACAAAUAAUAUAAGUCGAUAACAUAAUUGUAAGUGUUAAUGUUUACUUAAACAUUAUAUUAUUCAUAAAAGUGAAUGUACAUUCUAAAGAGUCAGAUUCUGGUUCAUUCAAAUUAUUUUAAUUAAGGAAAUAUUUGAUAGCAGACAGUGUUGUAUAUAUAUAUAUAUAAAAAAUAAGGCUCCUCAGUGAUAAGAAAUAUAUUAUAUCUGAACAUUAUAAAAUACAAGUUUAUUGCUCUUUAUUGUUUGAGAUUUUUUAUUGAAUAUAUGAGUUAAAGAUCCAGCACAAAUAAUUACUUUUUUAUUAUUUAUUACAAUUAAUAGUUGUAAGCUGCCGUUUGUCUAUACAAAUACAAAAAUGUAAUUCUUUAAAGAAAAAAAACAUUGAAUCACAAUAAAAGUUUCAUUUGUGUAUAUAACA